UGCUAUUAUUCAUAUUUUACAAAAAAUUUUGGAAGUAAACAAGAUUCAAACCCCAUUUUGCAUCUGCAUCAAAUUCGCUGCUCGGCUCCAGCGUUUCUUCCGCGCACACGGCAGCCCCCCCGGCCGGAUCGCUCGAUCCACACUACACACGGUCUUUGUUUGUCGCAGUCGCAACGGAUUCGGCGAUUCGCAAUGCUCCCAUAUAAAUAGAAUGGCCGCCGGCCGGCGUUGCCUACUUCACAAGAUCAGAAGAGCCCACUCCUGCAUGUAAGAAAAGAACUCGGCCGGAUACUCCACCCGAGAGCCCUUCUUCUUCUUCCUCCUCCCUCCUCCGUUGGGCGUUGGCCGCCGGUGGUGGUGGUGGGCGUGGGCCAAGAUGAUAUCGGGGAACGAUGUAUACACGGUGCUGACCGCGAUGGUGCCUCUGUACGUGGCCAUGUUCCUGGCGUACGGGUCGGUGCGGUGGUGGCGCAUCUUCACGCCGGACCAGUGCUCCGGCAUCAACCGCUUCGUCGCCAUCUUCGCCGUGCCGCUGCUGUCCUUCCACUUCAUCUCCACCAACAACCCCUACGCCAUGAACCUCCGGUUCCUGGCCGCCGACACACUGCAGAAGCUGCUCGUCCUGGCGGGGCUGGCCGUGUGGUCGCGCCUGCUGCCCACCAGCUCCGGCAGGCUCGCGGCGCCGCGGCUGGACUGGUCCAUCACGCUCUUCUCCGUGUCGACGCUGCCCAACACGCUGGUGAUGGGGAUCCCGCUGCUGAUCGCCAUGUACGGUCCCUACGCGGGCUCCCUCAUGGUGCAGGUCAUCGUGCUCCAGUGCAUCAUCUGGUACACGCUGCUGCUCUUCCUCUUCGAGUUCCGCGCCGCGCGGAUGCUCAUCGCGGACCAGUUCCCGGACACCGCGGCGGCCAUCGCGUCGCUGCACGUGGACGCGGACGUGGUGUCGCUGGAGGGCGGCCGCGCCGAGACGGAGGCCGAGGUGGCGGAGGACGGCCGCCUGCACGUCACGGUGCGCCGCUCGUCGGCGUCGUCGCGGCGGUCGCUGCUGAUGGUCACGACGACGCCGCGACCGUCCAACCUCACGGGCGCGGAGAUCUACUCCAUGAGCUCGUCGCGGCAGCACAGCCCGCGGGGCUCCAACUUCAACCACGCCGACUUCUUCGCCGCCAUGGCCAUGGUCGACGGCGCGCCUCCGCCUCCGCCUCCCGCCGGCGGGGCGCGCGCCUCGAGCUUCGGCGCCGCCGAGCUGUACUCGAUGCACUCGUCGCGGGGGCCGACGCCGCGGCAGUCCAACUUCGACGAGCGCUCGGCCUCGGCACGGUCGUCGUCGAGACCCGCGGGCGCCGUGCCCAGCUGCCACGACGCCAAGGAGCUCCACAUGUUCGUGUGGAGCUCCAGCGCCUCCCCCGUCUCGGAAGUCAGCGGCCUGCCGGUAUUCACCGGUGGCGCGGGCGGCGGCGUCAACGUCGGCGCCAAGGAAAUUCGCAUGGUUGUCCCCGCCGAGCUGCCGCUGCCGCAGAACGGCUCGGCCGGCAAAGAGAAGGAGAGCAACGGUGCAGUAGCUGCGGCGGCGACGGGGGAAGCCGCCGAGGCUUUCGGCUUCGGCGGUGGCAAGACGGCGACGGCGGAGGACGCCGCGGAGGCGGUAGAAGCAGGAGGAGGAGGGCCGGAGCAGGUGACGAAGCUAGUAGGGUCCAGCUGCUCCACGACGGCCGCCGAGGUGCGCGUGAAGGACGUGGACGGAGUGGCGGACGGCGGCGGCGGCGGUGGGUACGACCCGGACGACGCGGGGGGCGGCGGCGGGGGCCGGGCGCAGCAGCAGAUGCCGCCGGCGAGCGUGAUGACCCGGCUGAUACUCAUCAUGGUGUGGCGCAAGCUGAUCCGCAACCCCAACACGUACUCCAGCCUCAUCGGCCUCGCCUGGUCCCUCAUCGCGUUCCGGUGGCACAUCUCCAUGCCGGCGGUCGUGGCCAAGUCCAUCUCCAUCCUCUCGGACGCCGGGCUCGGGAUGGCCAUGUUUAGCCUAGGAUUGUUUAUGGCGCUGCAGCCGAAUAUCAUCGCGUGCGGAUGGCGCGCCACCGGCAUCUCCAUGGGCGUCCGCUUCCUCGCCGGCCCCGCCGUCAUGACCGCCGCGUCACUAGCCAUCGGCCUCCGAGGGAACCUUUUGCGCGUCGCCAUUGUGCAGGCGGCUCUACCGCAAGGGAUCGUGCCCUUUGUGUUCGCGAAAGAAUACAACGUCCACCCGGCCAUCCUGAGCACUAUGGUAAUUUUUGGUAUGCUGAUAGCCCUGCCGAUCACCUUGCUCUACUACAUCCUUCUUGGAUUGAAACCAGUGUAGCUGCUCGCCCUGCCCCCACAUGAUGACGAGGCAUGAGGCAGAACUUGGACAACAACGCUGAGCUGGUGGUGGUUGCACUCAAGCGUGUGGCCCACAUGCAUGGCUGGAGCCCUGUAAUUUUGAGUCAGCUCCAGUGUCCCCUUUGGGGGUGAUUAGGCAUGCAUGCGGUUUGUGUGUUGCUUAUCACUAAUCCAUCUUGGUUCGAGGAUUGCA